GGCCACCGCCAGGUGAUGGCGAAGAACGGCAAGCUGAGCAAGCUCCGGUGCAUGAUAAAGCGGUGGCACUCCCCCAGCCGCAUCACCCGCACCGGCGGUGGAGGAUCCGACCGCUCGCCGGAUGACGACGCGUGGCAGGCAGCUUCUUUCCACGGCGACGAUGUGCCCGCCGGAGUCCAACCCGUGUACGUCGGGAAAUCUCGCCGGCGGUAUCUCGUGAACUCCGACCUCGUCGACCACCCCCUCUUCCGUAACCUGGUCGAGCGCUCCGGCGGCGCCGGAGGCGGCUGUGACACCGUCGUCGGCUGCGAGGUGGUUCUCUUCGAACACCUGUUGUGGAUGCUGGAGAACGCGGACCCUCAGCCGGAUUCCCUCGACGAGCUCGUCCAUUUCUAUGAAUGCUAAAAGUUCACCGGCGGAGAAGUGUACCGCAGUUCGAUUCUAUAGAAUCCAAAAGCAGAGAAAUAGGGAAUAAUAAAAAUAAUUAAAAAAAGAAUUAAUUAAUUUGAGAGGAUUAAUUAACGCUUUUUUAGGUGAUUGGGUGUCAAAUGUUUUAUUUUUGGGUUCUGAUUAAUUAGUUUUGAUGU